AUGGCACCCCGCGGUCGCGGAAAGUUUUCCAAACCUUCGCGAGGAGGAUCACACCACAAGAGAAGGAUACUGGCCGCGACUGACCUGGUGCAAUUUCCCUGCGCACACAUCGAACAGGUGGAAAACAUUUCAGUCGUGAUGUUCAACCCAUUGACAAAGAUGGAAACCCUGUUGGCCUUUGGAGGACCCCCUCCCAUUGUAACCAACUCUCCAAAUCCCAGCCCCACUAAUUCCGAGACCACAUCGCAGGAUCCCGAGGAGAACAAUCUCUCCUCUUCCGAGGAGGAGGAAUCUUCUGAUUCAGGCUCCGAAGAGUCCUCCGACAAUGAUGAUAACGAACCUUCCCACGGCGCCCGACCCGGUCCGUCUUCCAUACCCGCUGCGAGCAGCAGCGGUACCACCGAAAUGACCCGUGAGGAGCGGCGUGCGGCUGCCAAAGCGAAAAAGCAGGCUGCUCAGGCUCGCCGGAUGCACACUGCCGCUCAACCGGGUGACCUACCCCCUUCGAACUCGGACGGAUCAGGCAACGACACCGACGACGAUGACGACGAUCUACCAGCCAAUCCUAACCACACGGCCAAAUCGCGCUCCCAGCUCAGCGACAACCACGAAGACGCGCAAAAGCCGGAAGGCGAUCUAUCACAGUUGUCGCGGCGGGAGCGUGAGGCGAUUGAGGCUCAUCAGGCGCGACAACGCUACUUGAAGCUUCAUGCUGAGGGUAAGACAGAGGAGGCUCGCUCCGACUUGGCUCGUUUGGCGAUCGUUCGCGAACAGCGUGAGGCUGAUCGCCUGCGCAAGGAAGCUGAGAAAGAGGAGAAGGUCGAGCUUGCGAAGCUGCGCGCCGCCGAACGAGAUGCCAAGCUGCAGGCUGCCAAGGGUGGGAAGAAGAAAGGUGUGCCAAAGAGAAAGUAA